CAAGUGUUUAGGAUAUACUAUGAAGUAUGAACCCAUACUCAUCAUAAUGUGAUAUCCCUUUAAUAUCAUCGUGGACACGUUCUCAUAGACACAAAUUAUCAUAACAUCAUCAUUACCAAACGCAACAACCCGAGAAUGGUUUUCUUCACCUGGGUUCGCCCCACUACCCAAGAUCAAAAUACUUGCAUAAACAAGUCAGGUACUUUCAAUUAUGAUGAUAAGUAUAAAGGAGCUACUGCUAAAUCCUUGUCUUCCCUUAAAGAAGAUAAAGGGUUCUCUAAAGAUGGUUUUUUACUCAAUAACGCGCGAGUUCUUAUGGGUACUGGUGUUGAUACUUUCGAAAAGGGCAAGAGUGCUCUAAGAAGUUGGAGACAUUUUGGAAUGAAUUGGGCAUUUGUUGAUCCCAAAACACCAAUCAAACAAGGAGCAAAGUUUUGUAUUUGUGUCAAGGAGUUCCUUCCCUGGCUUAUGAUGCCACUUCAGGUUGUGUAUGUAAAUGAAACUAGAGCUACCAAAAAAAGUGGGGCCUCCUUUGGUUUUGGAAGUGGAACUCUUCAGGGUCACUUACUGGCAGGAGAAGAACGCUUUUCAAUUGAGAUUGAUGAGAACAAUCAAGUUUGGUAUGAAAUACUUUCUUUCUCAAAGCCUGCCCACAUUUUAUCAUUUGUUGGCUACCCAUAUGUGAUGCUUAGGCAAAAAUACUUUGCUCACGAAUCUGCCAAGGUAGAGUCAUUCUUCUUCAUGUAGAAGCUCUUACCGUUGGAAUGACAACAUAUAUAUCAGUGAAUUGAUCAAAUUAACCUUGAGACAGGUCACAUACUCUAGUUUAUCAGCUUAGGUGGAUGAAUCCACAUAUUCUUCACAAUGCAAGGAUCAAAGUGAAGUCUACAGAAUUAGUGAUUGUCCAAGUUGGACAUACGAAUGACGAUGAGUCAUUCUCCAUAUAAAAGAUUCUCCUCUUUAGUGACCAUGAGUCAUUCUCCAUGUAAAAUGUUCUCCUCAAUAGUCUAAUUUUUUUUCUCUCAUUAAUAUGAAUAAUUAAAGAGAUAUCAAUUACUUUGUCAAAAAAAAAUAUAUAUCAAUUACCUUAUUUGGAGAUACAAUCAAUAAAAAAUAAAAAUCCUAUCUAUACAUCGCACGAUAUUAAUUUAUAGAUCUGGCUAACAAGUAUCUCAUGAUAUUCUUUAAAGAUUCUGUUUUUUUUUUUUGGUACAAGGGAAAGAAAAGG